AUGCAAUCUCAGCAGCCACAGCAGCCUCAGCAGCCUCAGCAGCCUCAGCCUCCACCAAAGAAAGCGCAAAAGCCACGCUACAAAUUCACAGAAGAAAACCUAACUAACAAAGAAAAAGGGCUCCAAAAACUAUACCAAGAAUGCACCAAAUUCCAAAUCCAAGGAAACGCAACAGAUGAUAUUAGGAAACUCAUGAACUUAUGCAGGGAAUGGCAUUUCCAAUUGGCGCCAAAAUUUGAGUUUCAGUAUUUCUUACAAAAAUGCCAAAUAUUAGGCCAAAAAGCUCCAAUUAGAGCUUUUAUGAGCAGGAUUCGAAAAGUUCACAGCGGAGAGAUGACUUGGGCAGAAAUAGAAAGGCCAACAGAAACUUUUUCAGAUCAUGAACAAAAUGAAAAUCCUGCAGAUCAGCCAGAUGAAGGUAUUGACUCGUCCUGGAAACAACUUGUUAGCUCAGUCUCAGAAGAGCGAAAAAGAAAACACUCUGAAGAGGAGAUAAAUGAAGAUCUCAAAAUGGCUAAAAUCGUAGAAGAAGAGAAUUAUAUUUAA